AUGAAUAAGACUAGGGAUUGGAAUAUUGUUGAUGAUGAAUUAAAUAGGAAAUUGAAACAGUUAUAAGAGGUGAAAUCAUCGCUUGAUGAUCAAUCUACGGAAUUAUUACUUCAAAAUAAGGAUUAAAAUUAAGAAUAUAAUAAUGACAUCAAUUACUACAAGGAGUUCUGGAGAUAUUAUAUUCUGAAUGAAAUGACUAUAAAAAAAGUGAAUGAAUUGCAUUCUUAAAAUUAAAAAUUGCAUGAAUUAAUAACUGAAAUCGAUAAAUUACAACAAGAGUUGCAUCAAGCUCUAAGUUAUCGUCACAAAAAGAAAAACAGACGAACUUCUUAAGAAAUAGAGAAAUCAUUCGUCUGUCCGUAUGAGAAAUGUAAUAAGUAAUAUGGAAGUGAUGUUUCUUUGAACUUGCACAUCAAAUUAAAGCAUGAUGGAGGGAACAAAACAGACCGAGAAAAAUUUGCUAAAAUGAUUAUCGAAGCCUAAUAAAAUGGUGAAACAGUCACUGAUUUGAAUAUCAACAUCAAAUUUCCUCCAGGAUACUUGGAUGUACAAUUUAUUUAAUUGUAGUAAUUCAAAACUCAAUUUAUGUUAAGUUAAUAAAAUUAGUUAAACUCAGAAAGGAAAUCAAUCGAACAAGAUUGA